GCCGCCUUCAUACUGACCUGGCCACAACAUGGAUGAUGACGAGCUGUCGGUACCCGGAGCAUUCCCGUCUGCCCCAGAGGAUGGCAACCCAGCACCGCGAACCCCCAAACGGCGCUUUGUCGGUCGACGCUCUGCUGCGGCGCAGGCAACGAAUGGAUCAAGCGUGACCGCCAGUGAUCAAGAUCAAAGUGCACUUGUGCAGAAAGCACCGCGACGAACCCCGAGGGCUCUCAACCACGUCCCCUCCGAUAUCCUUGAUGACCCUGAUAUUCAAGCCGCCAUUGGCCUGCUUCCUCUGAACUAUAGUUUCGAGAUCCCCAAAACAAUCCACCGCAUAAGGACCCUCGAAGCGAAACGGGUUGCAUUGCAAUUUCCCGAAGGACUGUUGAUGUUUGCGACAACCAUCUCAGACAUUUUGACCCAGUUCUGCCCGGGCACGGAGACGUUGAUCAUGGGAGAUGUCACAUAUGGCGCAUGCUGCAUCGAUGACUAUACUGCGCGAGCUCUGGAAUGUGACUUACUGGUCCAUUACGCACACAGCUGUUUGAUACCGGUGUCAGCAUCAAUCAUCGCCACCCUGUACAUUUUUGUAGAUAUAUCGAUUGAUACCAAGCAUCUGGUAAGCACACUAUCUCGGAACAUUCCUCCUGGGAAGACCAUUGCCAUGGUUGGUACGGUUCAAUUCAAUGCGACCCUGCACACGAUUCGACCGGCGCUCGAAGCAGAGGGAUUGAAGUUGGUUGUACCACAAGUCAUGCCUCUCAGUAAAGGUGAAGUUCUUGGUUGUACCGCUCCCAAAAUCACACCGCGUGAAAAGGUCGACCUCCUUCUCUAUCUCGGCGAUGGACGUUUUCACCUUGAAGCGGCGAUGAUUGCGAAUCCUGAUCUACCUGCAUAUCGAUACGAUCCAUAUUCAAGGAAGUUGACCAGAGAAACAUAUGGUCAUGACGAAAUGUUGGACAUGCGAUCGACAGCCAUCAAGACAGCGACUAAAGCAAAAAGAUGGGGCUUGAUACUAGGAGGGCUGGGGCGACAGGGGAAUCCACAUACCUUGGCUCUGAUUGAAAACCACCUCCGUCAGCAAGGUAUUCCUUUUGUUAACCUGUUGCUGAGUGAGAUAUUCCCCGGCAAACUGGCCUUGUUUGAAGAUGUGGAUUGCUGGGUUCAAAUUGCAUGUCCGCGGCUCAGUAUAGAUUGGGGGUAUGCCUUUCCCCGGCCUUUGCUGACCCCAUAUGAGGCUUUGAUCGCCCUUGGAGCGCAAGAGGGUUGGGAAAAGGAAGGCAAUGGCUACCCAGUUGAUUAUUAUGCCAACAAUGGACUUGGAAGGGUGACUGAAAAGCUGGCAGCACGGGCAGAAUUGAGCGCUGCUGGGUGACUGUCUCGACGAAUAAUGGAUGUUCAGUUAUGAGGUCUUGAUGAAAGCAUUAUACCCCACUGUCGCAUUUUAGGGUUAUGGACGCCCACCAUUAAUUGGUGCCUCAUUGUAUUAUCUAUACUAUUUGUAUAUUCAAUCUUCC